AUGAGCCUCCAGGCCAUCGCAGAAAAACGACGUUUGAGGCGAUUGAGCCGACGAUUUGGCCAGCUUCACGAGGAGGUCACACGAGGGGAAGUGUCGAUUGCAUUCGCUGCUAGGGGACUGCUGCUGAGCUGCUACCGUACCAGGUCCUGCGGUCUUCGAAGGACGGUAGGUGCGGAUUCAGUUUUUGGAGCGACACUCUCGUUAGGUCCCGGCCGGAAUCUGCCUCUGCCCUGGAGGCCUAGCGAGGACUUGGCGUCCGCCUACCGCGAUGCAGCGCUGGAGAACAUGCGCAAGCGGCCUUGGGCUCGGUGGAAUGUUGCUUUCCAUGAGUGGUGCGCAGAGGCGAUCGCGUACUAUUUCCUUCUUGACCCCAAGGAGCGGCAUCGCUGGAUCUACGGCACUUCUGGUGACAGACCACGGGAGACGGCGCUGUCGGCAGCUUUGCGGCAGGGGCCAAAGGUGCUCCAGCGCAGAGAGCAGCUUGCCGAGGAGCUGUUGCCGGAGGCUGGGGCACGAUUGCGGCUGCUGGAUAUGGGCAGUUGUGCUGAUUACUUCGGCCGCCACCACAGUGACCGUUUUGACGUCACAGCAAUUGACUUGGCUCCGGCAGAGGACACGGUCCUUCAAUGCGAUGUCCUUGACGUCAAGAUAGGCCCACCUGGCAGUCGCCCGGCAGCGCAGGCUGCACCGAGCGGCAAACUCACCUUGUAA